AUGGGCUCCAAUUCCAACCCCGCGCACAGAAGUGCGCGUAGUAGGCGUUCCGGCCGAGCGCCACACCCUGGCCCUUCGCAAAGGAACUACGCCCUGGACGGCUUCAUCAAUAAUACGAUAGCAACGCCAACACCGACACCACAAUAUGGCUAUGGAUCUGGAUAUAGUCCGUACAUGACGAACUCGUCAAGUCAUGCGGUCAAUUCCAAUCAAUACCCAGUGGGAGGCGCCAAUGACGGAUCACAAAUGGCUUUUGGAUCAUUUGAUAUUCCGGCAUGGAACCCGCAGGCCACGAGCUACGACCCAACGGCUCUGCCGAUGCCGAUGCCGAUGAUGGACCCGACACUCUUCGCUUCCAUCAUGGGAAACAUGCAGAGCCAAUUCCCCAUGAUGCCGUUCAAUAAUACAGCCCCCUUCCAGGGAGCACAGCCCAUGAGCACAAUGGCCAGACCAUCUGCGCAAAUAAUCCACGCACACCAACCAAGGCCGCGAAAACGGGAGUCAACACCACCAGUGGAUAUACCCUCGCCGACGGCGGACUACAUGAAGCGAUCGUCGCCACCGGCAGUAAGCUCUCCCACACCACGACCGCUACUUAUCAUCCUCGAUUUGAAUGGAACUCUGGUCCACCGAAAACACAAAAAACUCCCGCCCUCUUUCGCGUCCCGGGCCGGCCUCGAUCACUUCUUAGAUGUAUUAACCAAGAAAUAUGCCGUGAUGAUUUGGUCCAGUUCACAACCCGCAACCGUCGAAGCACUCUGCGCGAGAAUAUUCACAAAACAACAGAAACGCAAUCUCGUCGCGCUGUGGGGUCGAGACAGAUUCGGCCUCACGCCUAUACAAUACCAUGCCAAACUACAGGUGUACAAACAGCUCCAUAAAGUCUGGAGUAGCCUCGAAGUACAAAGUUCAUACCCAGGAAACGAAUCCUACAAAUCACCCCCGAGCCAAAAACCAGCCAGUGGCAAGCAAAAGCCCGCCGCAGACGAGCAGAAACAACUCGAGCAGGAAAGGGAACUGGCAGCUUCUUUCCCUGCAGGUCAACGAUGGGAUCAAUCGAAUACAAUCCUCAUCGACGAUAGCAAACUGAAAGCCCUCAGCGAACCGUACAAUAUCCUCGAAAUCCCCGAAUUCACCAACAACCCAAACAUCGACGAGUCAAAACUCUUCGCAAGAGUCCUCGCCCGACUCGACACGCUCUCCCGCCACGACGACGUCAGCAAACUCCUCCGCAGCAUGAACGAGGCAGCCGAUCAGCAAAACUGCAGCGUCCUGGACCCCUGGGAAGGAGACGACGACGAAGAAGGCGGCACCAGCCUUCGAGAAUUCACCAUCAGUACCAUUCCCGGCGCACCCGCAGCCUCGAAGAACCCCAAGAAAAAGCAGAAGAAAGGCGAUGUCAACACUGCAACCGGACGGGAACCCGCAAUCCAACCCCAACCCCAACCUCAACCACCAACAGACCCCGAAUCAAUCAGACUCAGAAAAGAGGCAAAAAAACUCCGCAAGAAGGAGAAAAAGGUUGCUAAAAGGGCUGCCGAGGACAUCGCUCGACAAGAAACCGCCACAGCUGCGGCGGCAGCGGCAGCAGGUCCUAAUGAUACAACCACUCCCGGCGCGAAUACCGUUCCGGGCGCUACUACUGAAUAUAUUGGUCAACGUAAGCGGAAGGCAUUGAAGAAGGCCCGGUUGGAACAGGAACGGGAUCCUCUUGCGCAGGAUCCGUCUACGAUUGAUCCGUCUGCGCCGCGGUAUAGUUUUCGCACGCGGGGGGGCGCAGGUCUCAACCGAAACACAGGCACAGGAUCAAGGUGGGAGCCAAGAAAAUUCUAUUCCUGUCGCUAUGACGACGACUGUCUUAACUGA